GCCUCAGAUACCGACGGAGGACCUGGACUUCCCCACGACGCCCCUUGAGCUGAGACACACGUCCCUUCGUCAGGAGAAUCGUCGCUAGGAUGUGUGGCGUUAGCUUUCCCUCCUUCUUGCUGCUGGCGGUCGCCCUCUCCGCUGUCGCUUCCCUCCCACAGGCCCCGACGGAGGUGCGGUGGUCCGAGGCGACGGUGGAGGUGAACCUGACAUCCGCCGACGCCCACCCAGACGCCCACGAAGGGAUCAGAGGAACCGCCCGCAGUAUCCUUACCGUCACCAUGGACACCAGACAGUACCACCUGACCUUGAAGCCAAGCACCCUGGCUCCGUGCUCCCGGAGCGACCUUGUCCAAGCUAGGUCACGGAGGUUCGGAGAGACCCACGUCUUUGCCGCUCGGUCACAGCCGCCCAUGCUUGUUCCUCGCCCAUGA